GAGGCCACGCCCGUCAGCGUGCCCGGCGAGACACGCCCCUCGGGCUCCCGCCGGCCUCCGGCCCGGAAGUUUUGAGAAGGGGGUCCUGGGACCCCUGGAGGCCAAGUUCCCCUCAGUGUGAGGACUCCGUCCACCGGCCAAGGUUCGGGGCUGAAGAAGCGACUUCAAAAGCCCUUAGCGGCGGCUCGGGACGGCGUGGUCCGAGAGGAAGGGACGGGCCAGAUCUGUAUCUCAAAAUGCACUCCAGGCUGAACCAUAGGAGAUUAUCUGGACCAGCAUCCUGUUUCCUAAGCAGCAGCCUUGGGCCGACAGCCCAGGAUACUUGGGGGACUUCCAGCACCCGGGACCGCGCCCACACGGCUCCUCCACCUUUUGUUUGGGAAGGGUCGCCGAGCGCUGGAGGGAACUGCCGGGUCUUCGCGGAUUGCUUUUGUCGGCCACCAGUCCUGUUCCCUCUGCUGUGAGACCCUCGCCCCACCACAGGGGUAGAUUUGUGUUUACUUCGGUGACAAGAUUUGCAAGCACUCGACCAAAAACUUUUUUGCCUCUUUCGGUGACAAAACUCGCCAGCCCGGCGCCUCCUGUCUUUUCUGAGGGCGGAAAUGGCCAAUUCGGGCCUGCAGCUGUUGGGCUUUUCCAUGGCUCUGCUGGGCUGGGUGGGCCUGGUGGCGUGCACCGCCAUCCCGCAGUGGCAGAUGAGCUCGUACGCCGGCGACAACAUCAUCACCGCCCAGGCCAUGUACAAGGGGCUGUGGAUGGACUGCGUCACGCAGAGCACGGGCAUGAUGAGCUGCAAAAUGUACGACUCGGUGCUCGCCCUGCCCGCGGCCUUGCAGGCCACCCGAGCCCUAAUGGUGAUCUCCCUGGUGCUGGGCUUCCUGGCCACAUUCGUGGCCACAAUGGGCAUGAAGUGUACAAACUGUGGGGGGGACGACAAAGUGAAGAAAGCCCGUACAGCCAUGGCCGGAGGCAUCAUUUUCAUCUUGGCAGGUCUUGCUGCCUUGAUAGCUUGCUCCUGGUAUGGCCACCAGAUUGUCACAGACUUUUACAACCCAUUGGUCCCCAUGAAUGUUAAGUAUGAGUUUGGUCCUGCCAUCUUCAUUGGCUGGGCAGGGUCCGCUCUGGUCCUCCUGGGAGGUGCACUGCUCUCUUGCUCCUGUCCUGGGAGCGAGAGCAAAGUUGGGUACCGUGCACCCCGCUCCUACCCUAAGCCCAACUCUGCCAAGGAGUACGUGUAAGCUGGGA